AUGGCGUUAACGCAACACAAUACAAAGAAGAACAUGAUGUCUCCGUGGAGGCAACUUCCCUAUGAUUUGAAAAUGGAAACUACACGGCAUAUGAACAUUGUCCAGCUGCAGUCUUUCGCCAGUUGCAAUGCUAAGGUGGAAGAACCUUUGCAGGAAAUGAAACGAAGAGUAUUUGUGUUACUGCAGCAGUUUGGGUUGUACCCGGAAGAAGUCCUCACUGCAAUGAAGGAUAGGUGUGCCAUCAUUUCGGGAUCAGCAGCACUUUCCGUCGUCACCCCGGAUGAGCAAGAUGAACAACCGACUGAUCAAGAGGGAUGA